GAUCCGUCCGUUCUCCUACCUCCGCCCUCUUCGUGCGCCGCCGUCGGACACUCACUCGCCGGCCCUCGCGCUAGUCUCAGUCGCGCCCCACCUCCACAACUCUCAGUCUCUCAGUCGCCGGCCCUUUGCCAGUUCGGACGGGUUCAUCGAGGCGGGAUUUCAGACCGGCGCACCGCGCCUUUGGCAUAUCAGACGACUCGAAGGUCCUUAUUCCUCUCGUUAGACGAGUUUACCGGCAGCUUUAAAGGUACUCGAGAACUAGGCUUUUCUCUUCAUUGGAUAAAGGCAGAGAUAACUGGUUUUUAUUUCCUUUCUUUGGCUGUCACUGAAUUCUUGGCGCAAUUGAUACCGAAAAUCGGCCUUUUCAAAGGGAGCAAGCCAAUCUUCUGCUUUAGCGUAACAAAACUCGAAAAGGGCUUGCAAGAGUGUGUUGAGAGAUACCAUGGUGAUAAUCUUAUAAGUCAAUUACCCGAUGACAUUCUCCUUAUUAUCCUAUCUUUCCUCCCGUUGAAAGAAGCUGGGCGAACAAGUGUUCUUUCUUCUCGUUGGAGAAACCUAUGGAGUUAUACCUCACAUCUCAACUUUGAUGACUCUAGUUCGAUGGAGAAGAUUAUGCGGGCUUCAGAAUUUCACAUUGUCAGUGUUGAGAGGGAAAAGUAUGUAAAGUGGGUGGAUUCGGUUCUCCAAUCACACCGAGGUUCCACCGUGAAAGAAUUAAGAAUAUGCUUUAGUUUACUCAAAUCAGCAGGAAAGUCAAUUACAAAGUGGCUUGAAUUUGCUUUUGAGAGGCACACCGAAAAGUUGGAGUUGAACCUUUCAGAUGGUGACUUGAUUCAUGCCACAGAUGAAACGUACGUGUUUCCUCCAGAGUUAUGCAGUUCAGACGGUCCUUGCAAAUCUAGUAGACUUUUCAACUGUAAGUCCAUAAAAAUGUUGUCCUUGGGCUGUAUUCAAGUCUCUGGUGAAACUAUUGAGUUUUUCUUACGUGGCUGCCCAUUGCUCGAGCACGAAAAAAGAUCAGCUGAAGUUCCAAAAGGACAUUUUGCCGUUUAUGUUGGGGAAAACGAGAAGAAGAGAUUUGUUAUCCCGGUUUUGCAUUUGAACCAUCCUUUAUUUCAAGAACUUCUUCUCCAAGCUGAAGAAGAAUUCGGAUCGAACGGAAAAGGAAUCGAGGUCCCAAAAGGACAUUUUGCUGUUUAUGUUGGGGAAAAUGAAAAGAAGAGAUUUGUUAUUCCGGUUUCGUAUUUGAACCAUCCUUCAUUUCAAGAGUUGCUUUUUCAAGCCGAAGAAGAAUUCGGUUUCGAUCAUCCAACGGGAGGCCUAACUAUUCCGUGCAGUGAAGAUUUAUACCAUGGUGACAAUCUUAUAAGUCCAUUACUCGAUGACAUUCUCCUUAUUAUCCUAUCUUUCCUCCCAUUGGAAGAAGCUGGCCGAACAAGUGUUCUUUCUUCUCGUUGGAGAAACCUAUGGAGUUACAUCUCACAUCUCAACUUUGAUGACUAUAGUUCGAUGGAGAAGGUUGUAUGGGAUGCAGACUGUCGGAUUGUUGAGAGGGAAAAGUAUGUAAAGUGGGUGGAUUCGGUUCUCCAAUCACACCGAGGCUCCACCGUGAAAGAAUUAAGAAUAUGCUUUAGUUUAGUCAAAUCAGCCACAAAGUCAAUUACCAAGUGGCUUGAAUUUGCUUUUGAGAGGCACACUGAAAAGUUGGAAUUGAACCUUUCAGAUGGUGACUUUGUUCAUCACCUACAUGAA